AUGAAUCCUGCUACUUCCGCUGUCCUGCUUCUGCCGCUCCUGCUGGCAGCAGGAACCUUCCAGUUCCAGUUCAAACACCACGACAACGAGGAGAUCCUGCAAGUGCUGCAGGAGGUGAACGUCAGGUGUCCGAACGUUAGCAGGAUUUACACGCUGAGCGAGAACUCGGUUCUGGGGGUGCCACUCUACGUCAUCGAGUUCUCUACUAGACCUGGACACCAUGAGAUUCUGAAACCCGAAUUCAAAUACAUCGCUAACAUGCACGGCAACGAAGUUUUGGGCAGAGAACUGAUGCUCAAACUAGCCGAUCAUCUGUGCGAAGGCUAUUUGAAUGCUGAUCCCAAGAUCAAGGCUCUGUUGGAGCUGACUAGAAUCCAUCUCAUGCCCAGCAUGAAUCCAGAUGGAUGGCAGCUUGCUACAGAUACGGGAGGACAGGAUUAUCUGAUUGGGCGUACGAACAAUAAUUCGGUCGACUUAAAUCGCAAUUUCCCCGACCUAGAUAGGAUAAUUUUCACGAACGAGGAGGAACAUAUCGACCACAACAACCAUUUGCUGGAACAAGUGACGCAACUCAGUGAACCGCUUCAACCAGAAACGAAAGCUGUGAUGCGCCUCAUCAUGCAGAUUCCUUUCGUCCUCUCUGCCAAUUUGCACGGGGGUGAUUUAGUGGCGAACUACCCUUUCGAUGAAAGCCGUUCAGGAAGGCAGAAAGACGAAUAUGCAGCUGCACCAGACGAUGAUACAUUCAGACAUCUCGCUCUGUCCUAUUCUACUCAUCAUGCUGAUAUGGCCAAUAUAAGAAGAAAAGGAUGUGACGUAGAUAGCAACAGGUUUGCCAAAGAAGGAGGUAUCACAAAUGGUGCCAAAUGGUACAGUUUACAAGGAGGGAUGCAAGACUUCAAUUAUCUGUCUAGUAAUGAUUUUGAGUUAACCCUGGAACUGGGUUGCGAUAAAUACCCCCCAGCUGAUGUUCUGGAAAAUGAAUGGGAGAGGAACAAGGAUGCUCUCAUUCACUACAUCUGGCAAUCACAUAUUGGUAUAAAAGGAGUAGUAUACGAUUCUCUCACGAAGCAAGGUAUACCCAAUGUGGCUAUUCACGUCAAGAAUAUUACAAAUGGAAAGUCUGAGGAUAUCAAACAUGACAUUACAUCAGUUCAUGAUGGGGACUAUUUUAGGCUGUUAACACCUGGAAGCUAUAAAAUAACAGCUUAUAGAGAUGGUUACCUUCCUCAUACCAAAGUGGUGACUGUGACUAGUAUGCCGUAUACCCCUGCCCAGAGGGUUGAUUUUGCUUUAAAACCCCUCAAGGCACGAAAACAUUUCCCAUACCAUGCUAAACCACAUAAACAUUUUAUGAUUAUCGUUCCUCCAUAUAUCAGAAUGCAAGCUGAUAACUACAUGGACACAAAAAUCGAGGAAUUUGAAGACAGUCCACAAUGGCAAAACUGGAUCGAGGACAAUGAACCAGUCCAAGAACCAAUUGCUGUACAAUAA